GUGAGUACGUGGUGUCCUUCACGUCUCAUAUUACCUCCAAUUUCUUAAAUCAACUGGUACCAAACUUUGAGAGUUAAAGAGAGAUAUGGCGGAUCUGUUCAUCAAACAAUCAAAGCAGUACGCUGUGGCUCGGCCAGGUUACUCAGAAAAGCUGUUUCAGUUCAUUGCUUCCAAGGCUGCCGCCCACGACCUUGCAUGGGACGUCGGCACCGGUAGUGGCCAGGCUGCCCGAUCCAUAAAUUUCUCAUCUCACAUCCCAAAUUUCAAACCUUAAUCUAUUGGUUCCGGAAAGUAAUGAUCCUCUUUUCCUGGAUGGGCAAUUUGCUGUCCAAAUUGCAUAACUAUAGGGAACUAGCUGAGAUCUUCAAUAAUGUGGUGGCAACAGACACAAGCCAAAAACAACUUGAAUGCGCUCCAAAACUCCCCAAUGUUCGCUAUGAGCACACUCCUCCGGUCCUGACCAUACCUGAAAUUGAACGAAAAUUGGCCUCAAAAUCUAGUGUUGAUUUAGUGACCAUUGCACAAGCCCUGCAUUGGUUUGACCUCCCAAGUUUCUACGAGCAAGUGAAAUGGGUGCUGAAGAAACCCCAUGGGGUCAUUGCUGCAUGGUGCUACACUGUGCCUAGAGUUAACAACAAUGUAGACACCGUCUUCAAUCGGUUCUAUUCCAUUGAUGUCGAACCCUACUGGGAUCGGGCGCGUAAAUUAGUGGACAACAGGUACAGCACCGUUGAUUUUCCGUUUGAGCCGGUUAGGGGAGAAGGCAGUACAGGACCGUUUGAGUUUGUGACGGAGAGAUUGAUGGAUUUGGAUGGAUUUUUCACGUACAUAAGGUCGUGGUCAGCAUAUCAGACGGCUAAGGACAAGGGUGUUGAGCUUCUGAGUGACGAUGUGAUGGAGGAAUUUAAGCAAGCUUGGAAUGCUGGUGGCGGAGAUGAACAGAAGGCUGUGAACUAUCCUGUCUAUUUAAGAGUCGGAAGAGUGGGGAAUUGAAUUAGUGUUGUUGAUGGAGUAUGUGUUCUGUUCUAAUGUUGGGUAGUGUGAAUUGAACACACCAAUUGCAGUCGAUAUGCGGAUUUGUCAGUUUAAUUGUUUGAAUCAUGCUACUGUAGGUAGGUCGAGGUUAUUUUUGCUUACUUUUGUUUUCAGUUACUUAAAAAAAGGGCGCAGUAAACUCUAUAAUGAAACUUACUUUUGCUCGGAUUUUGUUUUCCUGUUUAUGCUGAAUAUGGCC